CCCUCACAUGCAUUAGCACAGUAGUCUGUACGGUACGCAUACUCGACGGCCUCUUCAUUUCUUACAUCGACUCGCCGCAGUCUUUUUGAUUUCGACGUUGGCUGCCUUUGCUUGGUUUGUAUUUUCUUUCUAGUUUCACGAAUUCUUUCCAUUUCAUCGCUGCCGCCGAAGGGAAAAUUCAUCCACACAUACUCUGUACACACAACCUACCUCUAGGAUUUUCCACAUCUGACUAGUUUCAUCAAACGUCACGGCUCGAGACCCUCUUCGCUUUCGAACCGAUAGCCUGGCCUCAUCAACAUUUUGCGUCUUUGUUGUGCUGUCUGGUUCGACCACGUCGGCUACCAGAAGCAGAACUUUCGUGUCCUGCAGGAUAGCGCACCACCAAAAUCCCUCCCUUUUCCCACCGACAGGAGCCUGGGAGUUUCCGUCGCCCUGUGUCGGAGAUAGAAGAUGUCUGUAUAAAGAGCUGCCAAUGGAGUGAGCUGUGGACGGAGGAACCAUCGACCAGCGUAUCCUGCCGUCGAUCUUUCAAUGUCCCAAACAUCACCCAGGACAUAGCACAGAAGAGCAGUCCUAGAAUCAUGUCAGACAACAUUGGUAUAACAUGGGCUCCAAAUCUUCAGCAGCCGCGCCACAGCCAGGGGGCUGCAGCGGCUACAGGUGGACUCAAUGUGCAUAGACCUGGCAACGAUGGGAGAGAAAAUCAGCGGGGUGGAAGGGAAAAUCAGGAUGGAAGAGACUCCGGCACUCAGGGCAAUACCCCUACCGCUCUUGCGGCACAGGACCCUCUAGAGACAGUGGAAGAAGAUAUUGGUCACGGGCUAGAUGCGCAAGCUCUCCCAGGUCUGGCUGCAUCACCUGGUUUUGGCUUGCCGAGACCAGAACGUUCAUUGCCUUCAUCCACUCAAACGUCGUCAAACUCAUUAAAGGCUUUGUCUGUAUUGGAAAAUGAACGCGGCUUUGGUCCUGGAGUAUCGCUGGUACAGCGCAAACUCUCAACAAGGUCCUCACAAAGUCAAAUUCGUGGGCGCCGGCUCUCUCACUCUAAGUCUCUGUCCGCAUCACACCCAAGACUAUCUAGCACCACCGCGGACCAUCCAAAAUACCCUGAUCAGUCUUUUGCCGCGUUGCAAGCGCAAUUCACUGGACAAAGACCUCACCCUCCAUUGCGGACAAGAAGCUCUCAUCCGGCUCAAAAUCUUGUCUACAACGAAAUGUCUACCUGGAGACCUUCUAGGGAACGACAACAAGGUGCUCAGGGCACAAAGACUGCUGACAACACUCCGAUGUCGAGCCCUGGGCUCUUCAAUCCUGAGGCCAGGGUGCCAUCAGCCUCAUCUCUCACAGACCUCUCUCCUCACCUUCACCAUCUCCAAACACCAAAGGAGACCCACACCGUCGAGAUCGAGCACGAUACCUUCUCUGGCAAUAAAUUUAUCAACAAUUAUGAGAUCGUUCAGGAGCUCGGCCGUGGCGAGCAUGGAAAAGUUAAGCUUGGUAGAGACAUUGAAAAAGGAACUUUGAUCGCCGUCAAGAUUGUGCCCAGAUAUUCAGCAAAGCGACGACUCGGUCGACUAGGUGCUCCAGAAGAUCGAACCAAACGCGAAGUCGCCAUCUUGAAAAAGGCAAGACAUCCAAACGUGGUCAGCCUGCUGGAAGUUAUCGACGACCCAUCUAAGAAUAAAGUGUACCUGAUACUCGAGUACGUCGAGAAGGGAGAGAUCAAAUGGAGAAAACCAGGAGUGAGGGAAGUCCUAGCUGUCAACAAUAACCGGUUCUCUCAAGAGCGCGUCGGCAUUGAUGUUCCCAUCGAGCCUACAGAGCGAGACUUGUACAUUGUUGCCCAGGCUGCGCGGCGCCAUGAGCAGCAAGAAAAAUCCCGGUCAUCGAAUCUGCAAUCUAUUCCAAAUUGGAGUCUCGAGUAUGGAGACGAAGAGGAGGAGGAAGACGGGCUCUCCGACAUCUCUCGGUCGGCCUCGCGGCACUUCUAUACUGGUUCUAGCAAUCCCAGUCGUACCAACUCGAAUGAUGACCACCAUGCCGAAUCAGCUCUGGCUGGCAGCAUGUAUGGUGCCUAUGUACCGGAGUCUUAUCGGGCUCGGAAAUUCAGCAUCGCGACGAGUGCCAUCUCACACAUGUCAUCAGAGUUCAACUUUGAAGAAAUUGAUGAUGAGCACUCCUUCGUUCCUGCCCUGACAUUGGAAGAGGCACGCCGGGCAUUUCGGGAUACUCUUGCUGGCCUCGAGUUUCUGCACUUCAUUGGCAUAAUCCAUAGGGACAUCAAGCCAGCCAAUUUGCUGGUAUCAGCUACCGGCACCGUCAAGAUCUCAGAUUUUGGUGUCUCCUAUCUAGGCCGCCCAACGACUGAAGAAGAUCCUGAGAAUAGGCUGACGGAGAAUGAUGUGUCAGCACUCGACGACGAGAAAGAGUUAGCCAGAUCCGUUGGUACACCAGCGUUCUGGGCCCCUGAGCUGUGCUACGAGGAUCCGUCGAUGUUCGAGGAAGAGAAUGGUCCUAGGAUUACUGGUGCCCUGGAUCUCUGGGCUUUGGGUAUUACCCUUUAUUGCAUGGUCUACGCUCGUCUCCCAUUCUACGCCAACGACGAAAUGGGUCUGCAUGAAGCUGUGUGCAAAGCAGAGGUAUUCUGCCCGAAGAGCCGUUUAGUACCUGUGGACACUUCACGAGACAAGCCAACGUCGUACAUCCCAUCUACUAUCAAUAGUAACAAACGCCUGGACUACGAGCUCAAAUUUGAACCCGUCCCUGACGGUGUUCGUGAUCUGAUCCGCAAACUUCUCGUCAAAGACCCUGCCAAGCGCAUGACUAUAGAGGAAGCGAAAAACCACGAGUGGGUGGUCGAAGGCAUGCCCGAUCCAAACCAAUGGAUUAAAGGUCCAAUGGAAAUGGCCAAGGAGAGCAAAAAAAUGAUAUUGGAGGUCGAUGAGAAAGAGAUAUCUCAUGCCGUUGGCAAGAGAAACAUCAUAGAGCGCGCUCUCAACACAGCCGGAAGGAUCGCAGGCAGUCUUCUAGGCCGAAGCAACACUCGCAGACGAGCACCCAGUGCAGCAACCUCAGCGAGCCACUCAAGCGAGUCAAUCGCAUCGCCUUCGAGUACAAGCACCGUUGGCCGUGGGGAACGGGAUAACAAGAUCAGGGACGCACGCCGGUCUUCGUUGCGAGGUGAUGAAGUCCUUGCAGCCUUGAAAACUUCGAGAGAAAAUGGCGAACACCCUCUGGCACAAAGUCAAACUGCUAGUCCCGACUAUUCUCCCAGGGAAGCGUAUUUCACUUCAUCCUCAAAGGCCUCAGAUGCGCCGUUGACAAUGUCAAGCACCAUGCUCGAGCGGGAAGGUCGGCCUCGUGGACCUGAUCGGGCCAUCUCAACCAUGUCUACUGCUGACUCAGUCAAGACCAUCCGAGCUUCACAGAUACAGAGGUUGCCUUUCCCGCAUGCAGAUACUGCUCCUGAACUGGAACGUCCAACCGCUGCUGGGGAAAGAUCUUUCAAAGCCAUGGUUGAUGGACUUUGGGAAGGUACCUCGAAGACACUUGGCCGGCUAGGCAGUCGAGACCGCCGAUCCCAAUAUCUUGAUCGUUCCCCAGCCCCAAGUCUCCACUCGUCAGACGGCGAUGGUCAUGCAGGACCUAGCCUAGCUAUCAGCACUGCUUCUGCUGCUGGUGCUAUCGAACAGCCGGAAGCUCUGAAGACUGUAAUGUCACCAGUCGAGUACAAUACAGCUCCUCCAGCGCCGGUCGCAAUGAGUAUUCCGCGUACGAACUCGAAAUUUUCGCCUCCUGCUUCCAGUCAAGACGCCUUUGAACACGCCCAGGAAGUCAACCAGCGAAGACUCAUUCAAGAAGUGCAUUCUCGAGCCGAAGCUGCUGCUGAGGCCGCUUCUAGAGCACAGAGUGAGCCUGUCACCGAUGACUGCCCUCCGUCUCCUGAUGACAUUGUAUUCCUCGAAAAACAACGUACUCGUUUAGCCAACGAACCACCACCAUUCUCAAUCGAAGCUGGGCCAUCAGCGAGCACCAUUGCUUCGUCUCUUGAAGAUUACGGCAAUAGCAGUGUCUCGCAAAGUAUGUCCAAUCCGAGCUUCGGCGUGACUUCCAGCGCGUCCUCUCCUCCUGGAGAAGGCUACUAUCAUGGAGAGUCUGCAAGUACUCAUCGGACCACUCCUGCUACGGGAGGAAAGGACCUCGAGCCAGACUUCAUGCGCACUGCAGACACUAUCAUCAAACACGGUCGCCCCCAGCAGACUGCUACAGCUCCAUCACUGGAAGAUUGGACUGCCCGCUCAUACCAGGAUAACGAUGGAGAUUAUGACGACUCAGAUGACGAUGGUAUGGUGAUGAUGAAGGGCUCGAGCGCACCGAAGAAACCUGCGCGGGCUGAGGGAUGAGGGCAUCCUCGUCACCGACCUCCAAAUGCCAUUCUACGACCGUCACUUGUUCAAGAACGGCUCCACGACCCCUUUACGCACUUCUAUUCUACCACCUUCAACUUUUUCUUUAUCGAUACCCGGAUUAUAGACAGUACGGCGUCGGAUUAUUUUCUACUUUAGUUUUCUUUUGUUUAUGCUGGGAUGGUCAUCAUGUGUCACAGAUCUUGCUGUGGAGGCAACAUUGAGCUGCAUUAUUGCCCAAGGAAUCAAAACGAGAUGAAAAGUAACGGGAGGGCAUUUACUGAUUCACGAAGAUCAAAAUGCUUGUACACCAGGAGAACCGUCUCCGCACUAGCGAAAAGACAGCAGAUUUUAUGAUGGAUGGCUAUCAAUUAUCGCUCGCUCAUUGGGCCUUUUCUCACAAGGUGUCGCGGGAAGGCGGUUGGGGCUUCUCAUUCGAUUCGGUUUCGAAAAUGUACAUUUAGUGGACGAGAGGGAGAGCUUUCUGGAGAGCUACUUGGAAGUGCUAAUAGCGAUGGCGAACGACAUGAUCCUGUCCAUCAACAGACAGUAGGACAAUGAGAACAAACACUUUACGCGGGAAUACCCAACUAUUCAAUUCUCCAUUAAUGGUGCUAUAAGUUGUCAGUUG